GACGCUUGACGUCAUCACGUCCCGCCGUUCGUCGUCCGCUGCCGGUUUGCGCGCUGGGAGGAGGGCGACGCCGCGGGGGAGAGUCGACCACUCCGGGCGGGGCACCGAAGGCGGGUGUCGUCGGGACAACGACGGCUAGGAUGUCAACGCCGCCUCUAGCAGGGCCAGGAUUGCCACCUGGUCCAUUUUCUGGGUCUCAGGGUCAGGCUGCACGAGAAGUGAACACAGCUUCUUUGUGUCGCAUCGGUCAGGAGACUGUGCAGGACAUUGUAUUCCGCACCAUGGAAAUCUUCCAGCUGUUAAGAAAUAUGCAGCUUCCAAAUGGUGUCACCUAUCAUACGGGCACGUAUCAAGACAGAUUAGGAAAGCUGCAAGAACAUCUCCGCCAACUCUCAAUACUGUUUAGGAAACUGAGAUUAGUAUACGAUAAGUGCAAUGAAAACUGUGCAGGGCUUGAACCUAUUCCAAUAGAGCAGCUCAUUCCUUAUGUCGAAGAGGAUGGCUUUAAGCAUGAUGAUCGAGGAGCAACCAACCAGCUACUCUUUGCUAGUGAAGAAAGACGGGAAAUCAUGGAAGUCAACCAGAAACUGAAACAGAAGAAUCAACAGCUGAAGCAAAUCAUGGAUCAAUUGCGGAAUCUCAUUUGGGACAUAAAUGCCAUGUUGGCAAUGAGGAACUGAAUACGUUUUCUUUCUUUCUCUUUAUGAUAUUUGAUGUUAUUUGUUAGGGAAGAACAACAUUUUGAAGAAGACUGGGGGGGGGGCGGGUUCCUAUUUUUUCCCAGGAGUUUUGAAAUAGCCAAACCCAUGGGUAUUGAUAGUACCUUAAAUAUUCAUGUACAUAUUUGUAAUACUUUGAUUAUGAAUGUUGAACCCUUGAAGUUUUAGAUAAUGAAUAAAUUCAGUGUAAGCUUUAAUACU